AUGAUGAUUCUUCAAAACAACAAACGAGUCAUCCACCAACCUACCGACCUAUCAACCUACCAACCUACCAACCUAUCAACCUACCAACCUACCAACCUAUCAACCUCACCUAGAUUUCGAUAA